UCCAAUGGUUUUUUUUAUUAAUUUGUUAAACCUCUUGAGUUAUAAAUUAAUGUUAAUAAAUUUUCGAUUUGUUAAUUAUAAGUGAUUUCAAGGUUGUCAUCAGUACUUGAAACAAUUUUGAAAUGUAAAAAAUAAAGUGAUGUCACAAACUCAGUUCGUUAUCAGGGAAACAAUUAAACAUCUUUCAAAUUAUAAAUAACUUUGAUUAUUAAUUUUGAUUAGUAAUGAAAAUGAUGGCACUCAACUCUUAUCAAAGUGAUUGUUCAAGUCACUGUAUCAACAUGGAGGUCAAGGUAUAUCUAACAUUCCAUUUAGGUGUAAGAAAACAAAAUGAUUUGGAUUAUAAUCAAUCAAAUUGUUUUCUUUAUUUAUCCCAAGAUAUAAAAUUACUCAUAAAACUUACUUAACAAAGUCCGUUUUUGUUCGCAUAACUGAAUUGGGUACAAUUUAAGAUAUUAUUUUUUUCUAGUCCUAAUUUAAUUUAAAAAGUGUAUACGCAGUUCGAUUAUCAUUAGAAGUACUUUUUGGUUUGUAAUCUGAUGCACAAAUCAAAACCACUCAAUGUUUAUCUUUUUCGGACCACUAACGAUCCUAUAAUCUCGAUUAACAUCGUCGAAACAAUCCCCUUUUUGUUCAGUUUUACAGCGAGAACCAUCCAAAAUGGUUCGGUUUUUAAUUCUCGUUUUUUUGGUGCCAUUAAUCGGUGCUCAAGACAUUUUCAAUUCUCAAAAUGUUAAAAUCAAUUCGGAACGAGAGGUGGAUAUCAGCUCGGAAUGUAAAAAGCAAUUAGAUAUUUAUUACAUUGCGCUUACGAAGAUGGAAGCGUGGGCUUGGAAUUUAUUUGAUGCCUCUGCUAAAUUUCCCGUGGGUGUUUUCGAUGGAAACAGAAAUCUUUUGGGAAAUUUCCCGCAAUGUAUGCGGGUUGAGUAUAAAAAAGAUGGAGUUGAAAUUUAUGGUAAACAUUGUUUGGCAGGAUUAGUUUCAGCAGUACCAGAUAUUACGGUACAAAAUGAAAAGUCAUCUUCAAUCAAAACCGUUGGGAACUCUCUUGGACCUAGAAGUGUCUUUCAAAAUUAUAUUAAUAUUAACAAAACCAAGAUUAACUCCAGAUCUGGGUAUCCCAUUGAAGACACAAAAGGAGGAUAUGUUACUUUUUCGAUUUGUAUCCCGGAUGCUUGUACACCAAGUGAAGUUCAUGGUUAUUUUUCUUUACAAUUACCCUUAGAUGUACAAAAUAUUUUUAAUCAAUUAGUUGCUCCUAACGAUGACGCUUUGUGUCAAAGUGAACCUACUAUGGAAGGAUUUAGCAAUGUUGAUUUAGCUUUUUGUAUCUUCAUUGGUGUUAUCAUCUUAUUAAACGUAUGUGGCACCUUAUACGAUGUCCAAAUGACAAGGAAAGGAAAAGAACCAUCUCAAUGGUUUUUAGCCUUCUCAUUCGUACGAAAUUUCAAAGAACUUCACAAUGUUUCAACUAGCGCAAACAGAAUUUCCUGUCUCGAUGGUUUGAGAGUUUUUAGUAUUUUCUGGGUUAUUUUGGGCCAUAGAUUUUCAAUCGCCCAAGUUUUACCGUAUGUAAACGCCGAUUACGUUUGGGUUUGGGCACAUAGGAUGUACUCUCAAUAUGCUCAAGGAGCAGGUUCCGCAGUCGACUCUUUCUUAUUCCUCAGCGGAUUAUUAUCAGCAAUGUUAUUCAUCAAAUCGCAAAGUAGACCAAAUGCUAAGUUUAAUAUUAUUAUGUUUUGGGUUCAUCGAUAUUUGAGACUUACUCCUGCUUUAGCUAUUGUUUAUUUCCUUCACGUUUCUGUUUAUGUUCAUUUCGGAUCUGGACCAGUAUGGCCAAUGUUUGUACAUAAUUUAAGGGAUAAAUGUUUAGAACGAUGGGCAUCAUUUUUCUUUUAUUAUCAAAAUUAUUUAGAUUCAAAUGGAAUGUGUCUUUUGCAUACUUGGUACUUAUCUAUGGACAUGCAAAUAUUCAUUCUUUCACCUAUUGUUUUAAUACCAUUAGUUAAAUAUCGAAAAAUCAUGUUAAAAAUUAUUCUUCCAAUUCUUUUAGCAGCUAGUAUGAUUGUUGCUUGGGUGAUUCCUUACGUUUACGACACUCCAAUAUUCUCACAACCUUACUACGAUUAUUCUUAUUACCCAAUGCACACAAGACUUUCAGCUUGGUUAGUUGGAAUAAUAGCCGGCACUUUACUUCACGAAUUUAGAGAUGCUAAAUUAACAAUUCCUUGGUGGUUAAAUUUAUUUAUUUGGGCUUGUGUCGUCGUUGGAAUGAUAGCUUGCGUAUUUCCAGGAAAUACCGAAACUUACGAUUAUAACCGAGUAACGAGCGCUUUCUAUUUAGCUUUUCACCGGCCAGCUUGGGCGAUUGGGUUAACUUGGGUUGUUUUCGCUUGUAUGAAAGGUCGCGGGGGUAUUUUCAAUUGGGUUUUAUCAAUCGGUAUCUUCCAAACACUUUCAAAGCUGACUUAUUCGAUGUAUUUGGUGCAUAUAAGCUCGUUGUUAUUAAGCGUUGCUAAGAUGCAAUAUGAAGGACAAUUUGGUGAUUUUGAAUUGAUCCAUAUGUUUUUGGGUGAUUUAUUACAAGUUGUUACGAUCGCUUUGAUUUGGUACGUUUUGUUUGAAUCACCGAUGACUGUUAUUGAGAAAAUUAUCUUUGGUGGUGGUGCUAAAAGAAGACCCCGCCCAGCGGCAACUAAUGGAGCAUCAGCGCCAAAAGUAGAAGCUUAAAAAGAUUUUUUUUUCCUUUUUGUUGAUAUUAAAUAUUUAUUUUUUCAAAUCUUAUAAAUUAAUCGA